GCCGAGCCACAGCUGGUUGUGGUCCUUCUUCUGCAGCGACGACAUCACUUGCGAGCGGUUGCGCAGAGCGUCGCUCUCCUUCAGCGCGUGGAUCAGGUGGGAUUCCACGGCGGCGCGCGACUGACAGCGCACCAAUUGGUGUUCGGGGAAGUGGCGGAAGUGGAUGGUGACCGUCCAGGGGAUGCACGCGCCCAACAGGUCGAACAGCACGCCCACCGGGUAGUGCCUGGGAUACAGGGGUUAGAGUCACGUGGUCAUUGCUGUCAUACUGACCACUUCAAAGGCGUGCCGUCGCUCUCGAGCCAGAGGUCGCCGGUCUCGCGCUUCUCUCGCAACAAAUGUUUCAACGCUUUCUCCAAAACCAGCGGAAAUGGGAGUCAGGCAUACGUAGUGGGGUUGUGGCGCGUGGAGCGACGCCUCCUCCUCGGGGUCGAGGCGAAAGGCCACCGGCAGAUACCUCAGGGACGAGUUGUCGCCGAAUCUCGACCUGUCGGCGCUUCUCCUCGGUGUCCUCCUUCUCGAGCUGAAGCUCCUCCUCUUCCUCCUCCUCUUCGCGCGCCUCCGGCAGCUGAGGCUGUUUCUGCUCCCAACCGCAACAACAGCGCGAGAAACAGAGUCUUUAACUGUUUGUGUUCUUCAGGAGAACUCGAAGACGACGACGACUUGGAAGAGGGAGAGGUGAAGGAGGAGGAGGAGGAGGGCGAGGCGGAGGGGCGCGCCCACCAGCGCGUGGUGGCGCCCGAAGAAGCGCGCUCCACGACCAGCAUCUGUCGCUUCUACGGCAGAGGACAAUGCACGUGGGGCAACAACUGUCGCUUCGUCCAUCCGACGGGCGCGCAGCACAAGAGGGCGCCGCCGCCGUUGCCAUCGCAACCGCCGCCGCCCGCUGUGGUGGUGCAGAGGGUGAGACCGCGCGAGCAGUUCUUCCCGGAGGGCGAGAGCGCGUGGGAGCGCGGGUUGAAACAGGCGAAGGAGAUGAUCGUGAGGGCGACGAAGCGGAAGGAGGAAGAGCUCGACUUCGAGGACAAGCGCUUCCACUUGGGAGUCGACGAGCAGCCGUCACGUGACUCCCUGUCGCCGAAAUACGAGCGCAAAGACGACGAGUACGAGCGCAGGCGGCGUCUGGCGUUCGAGUCUGCGCCCUGGAACAACGACCCCGAACCGCCGCCGCCCGCGCAGACCAAAGCGCGCGCCAACGCCGAGACGUUCCGCGACCCCUGGCGGCGCUCCAAAUCGCCGCCUUCGCAGCCGUUGGCGCCGAAGAGGCAGAGGAGCGAAACGCGCGCAAAGAGGUCGCACUCCAUGUCCUCGAUCUCCGCCUCGGGCUCUGAGUCGAGUUUCUCGGGCUCCGCCUCCGAGUCGGUGUCCGAGAGUUCGGGAGACGAGAAGAGAAGGAGAUAUCGGAAAACGGUUUCCGAAAAAACCCGAACUUUCAAAAAAGAAAAAGACAACAAUAAUGAAUACGACUCGUGGAGCGAGAGUUUGAGCGAAAGCGAGGAUUCGAUGAGCAGUUAUUAUUCCGAAUCCGACAACCAAUCAGAGGAGCGGAAGGCGAGUGGCGCCCCGCCCCCUCCCAAGCGGGCGAAAGUGGCGCCACAGACGGCCGAAAGCGCGAAGAAAUCUCCGAUAAAAAUGACUUUUCUGAAGAAGAGCCACAAUUUGAAAGAAACGCUUUCCGUUUCCAAACUCAACGGCGAAGACAUCGCGGCGGAGGAAGAGGAAGAGCGCCUGUCGCCUGCGUUGUCGCCCUUUGACGCGCUGUCGCCCAAAAACACCGCAAAGUCCAUCUCUAGCGCUUCGCCGGCGCUCUCUUUGGACGCCGCGUCCACUUCUCCGCCGAAACACUCGGACUCGAAGUCUCUUUUGGCGACAGUUUCGCGACGCGAAGAACUGCUGCAGCAAUUGAAGGCCGUGGAGGACGCGAUCGCGCGCAAGAGAUCCAAAAUCAACUGAUCUUUGGGUCGUUCAUAGAUUUCGUCAUUUCUUUUCAUUUUUCUGAUAAUAAUAAAUAUGUUUUUGACGUUA